AUGGAGACGAGCAAGACGAAGCUCGGCGAGGACCAUCCCUCUACGCUGACGAGCAUAGACAACCUGGCUUCGACGUUGUCACACCAGGGCCGGUGGGAGGAGGCCGAGCAGCUCUUUGUGCAGGUGACGGAGACUCGCAAGACGAAGCUCGGCGAGGACCAUCCCUCUACGCUGACGAGUAUGGCCAACCUGGCCUCGACGUUUUCACACCAGGGCCGGUGGGAGGAGGCCGAGAGGCUUAGGGUGCAAAUGGUGGAGACGAGCAAGACGAAGCUCGGCGAGGACCAUCCCUCUACGCUGACGAGUAUGGCCAACCUGGCCUCGACGUUUUCACACCAGGGCCGGUGGGAGGAGGCCGAGAGGCUUAGGGUGCAAAUGGUGGAGACGAGCAAGACGAAGCUCGGCAAGGACCAUCCUGACACGCUGACGAGUAUGGCCAACCUGGCCUCGACGUUUUCACGCCAGGGCCGGUGGGAGGAGGCCGAGAGGCUUAGGGUGCAGGUAGUGGAGACGAGCAAGACGAAGCUCGGCAAGGACCAUCCUGACACGCUGACGAAUAUGGACAACCUGGCGUCAACGUAUAGGAACCAGGGCCAGUGGGUGGAGGCCGAGCAGCUCUUUGGGCAGGUGACGGAGACUCGCAAGAUAAAGCUCGGCGAGGACCAUCCCGACACGCUGACGAGUAUGGCCAACCUGGCCUCGACGUUUUCACGCCAGGGCCGGUGGGAGGAGGCCGAGAGGCUUAGGGUGCAGGUAGUGGAGACGAGCAAGACGAAGCUCGGCAAGGACCAUCCUGACACGCUGACGAAUAUGGACAACCUGGCGUCAACGUAUAGGAACCAGGGCCAGUGGGUGGAGGCCGAGCAGCUCUUUGUGCAGGUGAUGGAGACUCGCAAGACGAAGCUCGGCGAGGACCAUCCCUCUACGCUGACGAGUAUGGCCAACCUAGCAUCGACGUAUAGGGACCAGGGCCGGUGGGAAGAGGCCGAGCAGCUCGACGUGCAGGUGAUGGAGACGAGCAAGACGAAGCUCGGCGAGGACCAUCCCUCUACGCUGACGAGUAUGGCCAACCUAGCAUCGACGUUUUCACAUCAGGGCCGGUGGGAGGAGGCCGAGAGGCUUAGGGUGCAGGUGGUUGAGACGAGCAAGACGAAGCUCGGCAAGGACCAUCCUGACACGCUGACGAGUAUGGCCAACCUGGCGUCGACGUUUUCACGCCAGGGCCGGUGGGAGGAGGCCGAGAGGCUUAGGGUGCAGGUAGUGGAGACGAGCAAGACGAAGCUCGGCGAGGACCAUCCCUCUACACUGACGAGUAUGGCCAACCUGGCGUCGACGUUUUCACGCCAGGGCCGGUGGGAGGAGGCCGAGAGGCUUAGGGUGCAGGUGGUUGAGACGAGCAAGACGAAGCUCGGCAAGGACCAUCCUGACACGCUGACGAAUAUGGACAACCUGGCGUCAACGUAUAUGAACCAGGGCCAGUGGGUGGAGGCCGAGCAGCUCUUUGGGCAGGUGAUGGAGACUCGCAAGACGAAGCUCGGCGAGGACCAUCCUGACACGCUGACGAGUAUAGACAACCUGGCUUCGACGUUUUCACACCAGGGCCGCUGGGAGGAGGCCGAGCAGCUCUUUGUGCAGGUGACGGAGACUCGCAAGACGAAGCUCGGCGAGGACCAUCCCUCUACGCUGACGAGUAUGGCCAACCUAGCAUCGACGUAUAGGGACCAGGGCCGGUGGGAAGAGGCCGAGCAGCUCUUUGUGCAGGUGAUGGAGAUGAGCAAGACGAAGCUCGGCGAAGACCAUCCCUCUACGCUGACGAGUAUGGCCAACCUGGCGUCGACGUUCUGGAAACAGGGCCGGCUGGAGGAGGCCGAGCAGCUCGACGUGCAGGUGAUGGAGACUCGCAAGAUGAACCUCGGCGAGGACCAUCCCUCUACGCUGACGAGUAUGACCAACCUGGCGUCGACGUUUUCACACCAGGGCCGGUGGGAGGAGGCCGAGCAGCUCGAGGUGCAGGUGAUGGAGACGAGCAAGAGGAAGCUUGGCAAGGACCAUCCCUCUACGCUGACGAGUAUGGCCAACCUGUCGUCAACGUUCUGGAACCAGGGCCGGCUGGAGGAGGCUGAGCAGCUCGACGUGCAGGUGAUGGAGACUAGCAAGACGAAGCUCGGCGAGGACCAUCCUGACACGCUGACGAGUAUAGCCAAUCUUGCCUUCACCUGGAAAUCCUCAGGUCGACAUGCUGAUGCUGUUGGGCUCCUACGAGAGUGCUUAGCGAAGCAGAAACAGAUAUUAGGGCCUAAUCAUCCUGACGUUUUGUCUAAUAAUGAGACGUUGAUAGAAUGGGAAACGGAGGGGCUGAGCAUCGACGUAUAG